AUGGAAAAUAAUUUAGUUUUCCUUGAAUCAUAUACAGAUUUUGUAGAUUAUGGAGAAUCUCGCAAAAUUUCGCUUUCGUUGGAAUCGUGCAUUAUAUUUUGUAUUUAUAAAUACUGCGCCCCUAAAGGACUUAAACUAAAGCUUGUUGCAACCAAAGAAAGAAAAGAUGUUAUUGCUAUCGAAAUUAUGGAAAGCGGCUUAGAAUUUGCGGACAAUGAAAAAAUCUCUUGGCAAGUUACCUCUUGUGUUUUUCCGGUAGCUUUGUUGGAAGAUACAAUUAUUACCGGGCUUUGUGCAGUGGCCAGACAUAUAGCAAAGUACAAAACCGGAGCUCGGAAUUCCAAUGAACAUGAAGAGGGUAUAUUAGGAUUUCGAAAAAGUUGUUUACAAGCUCCCAAUGAAGUGUCAAUAUGGACAAAAUUUUGCGAAGUUGAUAUUAUUAAAACUGUUAGAGAAAUUCUCAUUUGUAAUAAAUUAAAUGAGUUACCUAAACAUUUAGUUCGUUUUGAAAACCAUCUAAGUAAACCAGUCCGAGUACACAAUGUAUAUAAAAUGGCUCGAACAAUGAAGAAAAAAAAUAUAACAAGAUUGGAAGAACUGAAGAUUAUAGAGGAAAAGAUUGAAACAGAAAAGAAAGUAAGGUCAUCUAAGUCCAGGAAAUGGAAAUCAAACAUUAGAAAAGCUUCACAGAUUGACAGCUCAGUAGCAAUUGAAGAUUUAAAUAUAAGUCACCAGUUUGCAGAAGGGCCAUUUUUUACAUUAGCUGAUUUGGUGUUACUACCAUCUUAUAGAAUUUUGAUACAAUUAAUAGGGAUAUCAGUUUUUGGAUCUUUGUUACCUUUGACUUUACAAUGGUAUGAAAGAUUAACAAAUAUUCCUGAAAUAAAAGUUAUUAAUGAUAUUAUAGAUAAAAUACAGUGUAAACUUGUUUCAAUUGAUCAAACAGUAAUAGUGCCAACAACUGAAGUUGUAAGUCUGUAUAAAUGUGAUCCAACACGACACAAUCCAAAAAAAAAGUUGUUUACCAAAGAGGAAGACAUAGAAAAUGCAUUAAGCACUUUAAAGGAAGGCAUGAUGAUUAAUGUCAUUGCUAAUCAACUCAACUCCAAGUGGGAUUGGAACAAUAUCCCAGAUGGUGCGAAUCCUGCUGCAGGUCACCUGCCUGAUGCAAGAAUAAAUAGAAAAUCACAACAACUUGAAAAUCUAACAUUAGCUGUUUUGAGUGUAGCUAAGGAUGGUGAUAAAAUAGUAGACUUCUGCAGUGGCAGUGGACACUUGGGAAUCUUGAUUGCAUAUUUAUUACCAAAAUGUACUGUUGUGUUACUAGAAAAUAAAGAACAGUCGCUUUUGAGAGCUAGGAAGAGAGUCCAUGAUAUGAAAUUGAAGAAUGUUUUUUUCUUUCAAUGUAAUUUAGAUUUUUUUAUUGGUAAAUUUGAUAUUGGUAUUGCAUUGCAUGCAUGUGGCAUAGCAAGCGAUUUAGUUCUGGACAAGUGUUUGAAAACAAAGGCAAAGUUUAUUUUAUGUCCUUGUUGUUAUGGUUCACUUCACUCAACAGACAGACUGAUGUACCCACGUAGCCAUAAAUUCAAAGGUGUCUCUAUUAAUCAAUAUUUGUGCAUAUGCCAUGCAGCUGAUCAAACACACGAUGAGCAUCCAUUGACCCAGAGGGGAGAUUUAUGCAUGGCCGUGGUAGACUCGGAUAGAGCCCGUUUAGCCGAAGAGUUUGGUUACACAGUUACAUUAUCUCGGCUAAAACCUCUCUCAUGUACUCCUAAGAAUAACUUACUUAUUGGUGUACCAUCAUAG